AUGAGCGCAACAACUGUCACGAAUGGGAAUUUUGCCACUCCAAGUUCGGCCUCUCAGCAUCCACGUCAUCCGCGUGACUUCAGCCUUCCCGCACCUCGGACCUCCUCUCCCCGCUUCGGCACCUGCACUGCCUUCUUCUCCUCCCACUAUACGCUCACAACCCUCUCGCCCCCGACUCUUACAUGA